AUGUUUUGCUCAACAGUAGGAUUAACGCUUUUUUACUUUACAGAUACGGGUAUUAUCAACGCUGCGAUAGAGAAUUAUAUUGAUACGGACGUUAUCAAAACACACCAUUACGUACUUUGGCCCGACGCCGUCGUGUCUUUCUACAUCGAUCCGGAGCACUUCGAUAAUGAACAGUCCGCAGCCAUUACGACAUAUCUGAACCUUUUAUCGUACAAAACGUGUCUCAAGUUCUCGGCAAAUACCGAACGGCCCACGGGUUCCCAGCAUGUGAUGUUAUUCGAAAAUCCUAAGGGAAUCAGAAAAUGUGUGUUCAACACCGGGGGGCACUCACCGGAAGAGCCGCAUAAAAUAACUCUCGGAUACGACUGCCUGAAAUCGCCGAAGCUCGAUAUGAUGGUGAUGCGGGCGCUGGGAUUCCCAUUCGAGCACAACCGCUUCAUUAGAGACCUCCAUAUCGAUGUGCAGAUGCAGAACGUUGAACCAGACGGAAUGGAACUAUUCACUAAAGACGCGAAGCUCCCUCCAGAACUGGAGGCCCUGCCCUAUGACAUCAAUAGCGUGACGCACUUUGGUGAAAGAGAUUAUAGCAAAAACGGUCACAGGACUAUAUUAUUUAAGGACCCUAACGUCCGUCAGAACCGGAUCGGUAUGUCCGAUAUAGAUAUACGAAAAAUAGAAGUCGUUUAUGGGCCGGAAUGUCAGAAACGGGACCGCCAAGAGAAGAUAAGACUCUGUCAGGGCUACCCAGGAGUGGCCAGAAAGAAACGAGAGAUAGACCUUACAAAAGCCGUCUCCAGCUUACGCGUUAACCGAGAAAUAACAGCCCCACCUGAAGAAAUCCUUUCAAAAGAUGAAAUUAAAACUCUACAUGAGUUAGGGAUAGGGAAAGAAGUUCAGGAAAUCAUAGAGAAAGUGUAUAAAGUUUCUUCUAUAGCUCUGCAAAAAACUAGAGAAAAAUAUUGCAUUGAUAAAGAACCAAAUCUGAGAUCAAAUACAAAUUCAAAUGAAAAAGUAGCCGACGUGUUAGGAAUAGUCAAAACUGUAACAGGGUAUGUUCAGUCGAUAGUGGGCGAAGCUAUAGGAAAUAAAACAGUGUUUUGUGAAAUGUACAAAUCAUUGGAUCAAUACCAACGAGCAAGAUGCAGCUACAGCGAUAAUGAUGAUUCAUGUAGAAACAGUUAUAGAUCAACCAAAUCAGGCAGAGUUCAACAUUCCACUCAGCACAGACCUACGCAUUUCCUGUCAACAAAACAUCUUGGCAAGAGAGUUGAAAAUCAAUAUGAGCGUAAUGUUUACAGAACUGGUAACAACACAGAAGUCACUAAAGUGAGAAGAAAAAGAGCUAUUGAUUCAGUGACAAAAGCAGUUGCAUCAGAGGGUGAGUCAGAUACUACUUAUACUAAUAAUAUUUGGGUUAGAAGAAAAAGAGCAGUAAACUUUGCCUCAGAAAUUGAAGGUAAAUAUACGAAUGUUGAAUCUGAUGAUAUCAAAGUGAGAAGUAAGAGAUCUGCAGCUACACAACCAGUUACAAAAGCAAGCGAACCAAAAGGUAACACUGGAAAUCAGAGUUUAAAUAAGGAACAAAAAGCAACUGACGGCGUUAAAUUAACUAAUAAAGAUUUAACGACUACAGCUAAAUUGAAUGAAAGAACUAGCACACCAAAGACAAUUCAAAAAAUAAACGACGGUAAAACUAAUAUAAAAUCUCUGGGUAGAAGGCGUUUCCAAGAUAGUCCUUUUAGAGUCUACAAUCGAAAGAAGAACGAAGAAGACAAAGACGAAUCCGCCUUAUCACUGGAGACUAAACAAGAAGAAAUAAUCCCUAAGAAGGUGAAAGAGAUAAAGAACAAUUAUCUACCGCAGAAUAAGAAGAAACCCGUCAAAAAUUGGCCGGUAGUAAAGAGAAGGAUCCCGGAAAGAGCACCGAGAAAACCGAAAGGACCCGUUCCGAAGACAGUGAAGCUGUCAAAAGCAAAUGAGGAGUUCUACGCUGACAGACGCUGGCCAGACGGGGUUGUCAGAUAUAUUAUUAAGGAAAUACCAAAAUAUGAUCUGGAAGACAUGCGCUCGCGUCUUAAGGAAGUAAACAGAAUUUUGAGGGAAAAGACCUGUGUACGCCUUGAGGAAAUAACAUCAGACGAGACGAACUUAUAUGAAGAUUACCUGGUGCUGGAUAACAGCCCGGAUUACGUCACCGGAAGAGUUGGCGGGCGGCAGAACUUCGGCGUCGUGGAGUUGUUCGAGGGCGGGCAACAUCGGCAGCAUACGGCAAUGAUGGUGAUGGCGAUGCUGGGCUUCUACUUUGAGCCAUCUCGUCACGACAGGGACAGAUACGUGAGAGUCCACCCGCGUCACAUACGACCAGACAAACUGCACCACUUCGAGAAACUGCGCCCCGACGCGACUUUACCACUGCCAUACGACUACCGGAGCGCGACGCAUCCCGCCUGGCAGUUCUGGAGGCAGCUUGGUAGGACUGGAAUUUCGGCUAUAGCCACAUAUAAGGAUCAGGACCCUGACGGUUCCCUGAUGAAAUCCUUGGGACAUAACUCCGAGCUACUGUCAGAUCUCGACAUCAUAAAGAUCAACAGCGUUUACGGUAUCGAGUGUUUUCUUUAG